AUGACCUUGCACAACCACUAGACCUGUAUAACGCUGCCUUUCGCGAUUUGAACUGGGUCCACUUUUCUAUCCAAUAAUUGCGGAGCCGCGCGCAUGGAGAAGAGAGGCGAACCUUCAGCGAGCGGUAAAUCUACACCCCCUCGCCACAAGACAGCGCAGGAGCGAUCGGUGCUAGAGUCGUGGUUCGUGCUUCCGGCCCGAACGAGGCUGUACCUUUCCGUGGGCUUCGCCGUGUUCGCAGCAGCUGGGCUCUAUGCCUCUGACCAGCUGGAGAAGUGGUAUCCGCCUGUAGACAAGGACACCAUCGCGCAGGGAGCCACAAAGGAUGCGCCGCCAUAACGUUGUCGUCUGAUUGGAUAACAAAAGCGAGACGUGAUACAGAGGGACAUAGUAUGGGCUACGGAUACAGUGGAUUGUAAGAAAAUAUCUCGAGACUGUCCAUAUAUCACUUCUCUUCGAUCCCACCGUACGCGUCGACCAUGGAGGGCGACUUGGAAGUGUCUGCGAAUGGGUUCGUGUUGUCCGGAUAGGCCCUUGGAGGAGGUGCAGGAUGGGCUAACGCUUGCGAGUUCGUCAUCGUUGUGCCGGACUUGGUGGAAUUUACGGAUCCGUUCCUUGCCAGAGAAUCCGAAUUGCCAUCGCCAGCGUGUGGCCUCGGAUUGACACUGAGAUACGCAUUGUCGGGAGGUGGAAGAU